AAUAACGAGUUUGUUUUAAAACACGUGUUAUAUAUAAUUUCUCGUUUGGUUUUAAAGUGUUUCUUCUUUGACUGAACUGUUUUUAAGAACUAAUUUUCUUAUAGUUGUUGAGUUAUUGACUUAUUCAAAAUGCUUCACCACCAAGUGAAGAAGGAUAAUCAUCACUUAUCUGCCUGGGACUGAUUUGUAAUUCUAGUCUGCAGACAAUAACAUGGUCCUGCUUUAAAAUCACUGGUCUUUAGAGCAAUGCUUAUUUGGUUCUUUUAAACGAUUUGUUCUUUGUCUGAAUCUAAUAAGAAAACAAUAAAAAACAAAUUUUCUUAUAUUUGCUGAGAAAGCAUAAUAAAUCUUGUGUAAUCUGUCUGCAGUGCAUUAAUAAAAAAAAUAAAAUAAAAUGUGUGGCAUUUUGCAGAUGUAGAUUUUAUACUCUAGUCUCUGGUUUCUGUGUUAGAAAACAUCUGUGCUGAGUGACACCAGUACCAGGUUUAACAGUUAACAAAAGAGAAAUUUAGUACAAAAGUGACAGAUCCUAAAUUGCAGUCCAUUAUUAAAAAUCCAUAUCGACACAGUAUUUGUAAUAUAACUUGCAUGCUUUCAUCUGUUAUUUCACAUUUGGAAAUAUUUGAGAUUGUCUGUAAGGUGGUGCAAGUGACACAGUUUUAAUACAGUGCAUUUUGCAAAUUAGCCCUAAAUUCAGUGUCCCACUCAAAAAUAAAUCAGUGUGUGAGGCGAUAUAUUACUAAUGUCAUAUUAAUGUCUAAGAAAUAUGUCAUUUUUAAACUCCAUAUUACUUCACAUAAUCUGAAGAACUGACUGGCACUAUGCACUGUUGCUGUGUUUACUGGCAUUCCAGUGUUCAUCUUGGCUGACAAAUAAACUGGCAUUUUUGAAGGAGGGAAAUGAAAAAGAUGCAGUUCUUCAAUUAACGGGCUACUUCCCUCACACAGCUUAUCAUGUAGUUUUAACAGCGUGUUUCUUUUUUAUUUGUCUUGAAGGGAACAAACAGGGUCAUCUGUAACGAAAUCAUUAAUAAAAGACAAGAAACUUUCAAGUCUUACAAUUGAAAAAAAAAUUGAAGCACACUAGCAUAAUUUUCCAAAUUGUCAUUCAGGGAUCAAUAUAGUGGAGAAAAAAUGAUUACCAAAUGCUGGAUGCUGUUGUUCUGUCUGUUUUGCCAUGAUGAGGUCCAGCUGGCUGAACAUAAACCCAUCUGGAUGACACGGCAGUUUCCUUGUGAUGUCAUAUCCAACAAUGCUUCAAAUACGGUCAAAUUUGACUGUAAAGGCCGCCAUCUAGAGGAAGUACCAAAAGGUAUAACUACUAAUGCCACUGAUCUAGACUUGUCAGAAAAUGUCAUUAGGAGUAUUAAAGCUGAUUCACUCUCUAAUCUGCUGAAUCUGGCACAUCUGAAUCUCAACUGGGCAAACAACACCAAGACUGAUUAUGGAUGCCGAGCACUGAAGAUCGCUGAAAAUGCUUUCAAAAAUCUGACAAAACUGAAGCAACUACGACUGAGCGGCAACUGUCUGACUGAAAUUCCACGCAAUCUCCCCCACAGUGUGGAAAGACUUGAGCUAAACAUUAACAAAGUUAAUAUGGAUAAACUGAACAAUAGCUUUAUUGGCUUGCAAAACAUGAAAAUGCUGUUGUUAUCUAAAAACUGCUACUUCCGCAACCCUUGUGGGAAGUCUGUCGCUAUCAGCGAAAACACUUUUGCACUACUGAAAAAACUGAAAUACCUGGACUUGUCUUAUAACAACUUAACCCAUGUUCCUAAAGGACUACCCCAGUCAAUUACAAUCUUACGUCUGGAUACCAACAAAAUAGAGAACAUAUAUAAAGAUGAUUUUCAAGGGUUAGAAAAUAUCAAAUUCCUUGAUAUACAAGGCAACUGUCCAAGAUGUCACAAUGCUCCGUACCCUUGUGUUCCUUGCCCUAACGGUUCUAUUGACAUACAUCCUGAU